AUGAAAUUCAAUACCACCCUCGUCCUCCUUGGGGCUGCGGCGAUCUCAACCGCCGCCAGCAUCCUUAGUACGUUGUUCCCUUUCUCCUCAGAAUUGCUCCAUGAAUCUCACCAACACGCGCCAUCCCCAGAUCUGCAAAGCUCGAAUCUUGCACCUGAAAAUCCCCUGCGAGGCUUGCGGAUCGCUGGUUGGUCCCCAAUGGGUAUGGGACGGCAGGCGUGGCCUACCCGCAUGCAGCCCUACAUGUCGAGCGAGUGUGUCGGUAAAUUUCAAGAGACAACCGACAGAACCGAAAGAGAGCUGGGCCCGAUUCCAGGACCAGAUGACGCAGAAGCUUCCCACGAAUCGGGCCUCAAAAAAGUAUUUCAAGAAUAG